AACGGAAUUGUUGAGCACAAGUUCACGGGCUGUUGGGGAAAAUGAAGAAGUGUGUUUGUGAGCUCUGUAACUGUGGACGGCACCGUUGCCCACACAAGCCCACAUCUCUCUAUGGCAAAGGGAACACAACAACAUGUGAUCUGACAGAGUACUCGGAGCGGUUCCCAGUGUACACGGGUCUGUACAACCCUCCCAACAGCAUGAAACCCAAGCCAGAGAUAGACACAGAUAAGAAGAGAAUGGACGGCACUACGACGUUCAAGACAGACUUCAUUGCCCAUGAGGUCACGCGUCGACAGGGCCGCCAGCCUGCUGAGUACAGGCCUAACCCAGAGAAGAUCGACCUUGGAACCACCUACAACAAGGACUUCAACCCCUACGAGUUCUCACAGCCCUCUUUCGCCGUCAGGCCCAAAGACAUGACUCACAGCAUGGACAAACAUAAGAUGGUGACCAUCCCGAGCUACAAAGACGACUUCAAACAGUGGGAGAUCCACAGGCAGCCGCUAAUCAAGCCCAAAUAUAGUUACCGACCUCCCACCUGCAAGUUCGGCGGUCCCACCACCUUCCAGGACGACUUCAUCCAUGGGGGGGCCAUGGCCCAGCGAGCGAGCUUCAAGCCCCCCAACGUGGUGCCGAGCACCAGCAUCCCCAUGGAGAGUUUCACCUCCAACCGCCACGCCUUCGUCUCCCACGUGCUGGAGCCCCGCUGGCAGCGGCCCCCGGAGACGUACAAGCCCAGCGGUCAGCCCCUAGAGAGCCUCACCACCAACCGCCAUGACUUCCAGGGUCUGGCCGGGGGAGUCCCCGCGAGCUGCAAGCCCAAGACCAACGAGUACUCCUGCAUGGCCGCGUCUAGCCUUCCCAUCCAGGGAAGCACGGAGAAUAAGGAGCAGUUUAAGUCGUGGCCCAUCUCCCUGCCCCAUUUCCACAAGAAGGAGAUGUAUGUGGGCCCUACAGAGCACAUGGACAUGGGCACCACCAUGGCUAAUGCCUACGUGAAGCACCAGAUCCAGCCUUUCAUCUUUGCCAAGGCCCAGCCCACAGCCAAAAUGUCUUCCGCUCCCUUAGAGAAUCGCACCACGAUGCGGGAGGACUUCCCUUCCUGGGGGGUCCACACCAGGCAGCCCAUCGUCCGAAAUGAUGAAAUGUACAAAUCCAGGGGGAAAAUCGAGGAUCUCACCACCUUCAGGGCCCAUUUCACGGCCCAUGAGCUGACCCCCAAUAAGAACUUCAAGCCGCCCAAUCAGCCUCCAAGAAGCGACGCUCCGAUGGAGGACUCUACAAUGUAUCGCUCCGAGUUCACGCCAAAGAGAAUCACCGUGUGCCCGGCCAGCUUCGAGCUUCCUCCAGGCUACAUGUUUGAGGACAGCGAUGACAGGGGCCACAAGUACUUCAGCAAAAUGUCUCCCAAGGACAACAGCCUCCAGCUACCCCCCGACAACGCACUGGCCCCCAUGCAAAGUGCAGUGGCGGUGGGGUAAUAAAGAGCCAAAGCUAGCACUUAAACACAUCUGAGGUGGUCGUGAUUGGGCACAAGUGUUGAUAAUUGAAGAUAUGUAAUUGAUAUACUUUAUUUUAUAAAAAUUAUAAUAAUGCAAUAAUGCAUCAUGCAGUCCUGUGGUAAUAAGUCUGGUGCCAUGAGCUAGGAUUAUAAUGUUAAUUUAAAACGCAGGAGGAUAAAUUGAUCGAUAGAUCAGCUUGAUAGUUGAUAGUAGGACACGGAAAGCGACCAAAAAACAAGUCGGCACAGAAUGUGUUUAGAAACCAAACAACUUUUUAUUCUCUUAUAAUUGUUUUUGAGCACUUUAUUUUCUGAUUUAAUACUUUCAGUUUUCCUUCAAUCAAAUUGCAUUAUCACAAAACACGUGAAAGCAAAUAGUCCAAAAUAUGCUAUAUAUAGUUAUCAGUAGCCAAGGAGAAACACUGAUAAUGAGUACGGUAUGUGUUUAGUUUUUUUUUCUUCAGCGUGUCAUAUUGUAAUAUACAGUAUCUUACAAAAUAACUGGAGAUUGCACUUGACAACAUGCAAAUUAAAAACCCAGC